UUUACAUGUAAAAUUCCUAUUGACAUUCACCAGAUUUUUCUGCAGUAAAAACACUGCAGAUAGUCCAUACCAUACACAGAGUGUUGAGCUUUUCCAAAGAACGUAAACAUUUUGUUUUAAUAAUAAACAGAAACGUUAACAAUUUACUACAUAUUUGUAGUUGGACGUACGCAAUGGCUGAAGGUACCUAUGAAAAUGAGUGCAAUAGAGCUGAGCUGCUGGGAAUUAAUCCACCGAAUCGGGAUGAUUGGGAGGAAGCUAAUCGUGUACGCAAAGAAAAUGAAUUGGCUGAACAAAUGACGGAGAUAGAUAUUCAAAAUGAGAAACAAAACGAGGGCACAAGUAAAAUGGAUGAAAUAACAAACAUCUUAUCCAUCACUCAGAUGCGACUUAACAAGUUCAAGAAAGUAUGUGGCAGUUUGACCAAUUUACUAAAAAUAAAGGGAGGUGAGGGUGGCGAAACACCUGACACAAAUGAGGCGACUGACGAAGAACAAGUGGACGUUGACGCAAGUCAGCCAGAUAAUACUACCAAAUCCUCUGCUCCAUCCAAGCAAGAUAUGCAAACAAAGAUGUCCAGCGGACUUGAUAGUCUUGACGCUUUGUUGACGAAAACCGAAAAUGCACAAUACUCCAUGGCUCAUCAAUCGAAACAAAUUAAAUCCUUCCUGAAAUAAAUCAAUCAUCAUUAAUCACAGUGCAUUUAAGUCCUUCGAACAUCGAAAGUAAUGUUCCUACCGUGAAUUGACGACACGGGUGAAUUGCUUAUAUUUAAAAUGAACAAACAAAAAUUGUGUGAAAUGUUGAAAGACAUUAAUUUUUAUUCUCCUUCAAAAAUCUGUAUCUUUACUUCUUGAAUGUGACAAUGAGUUGUUCUAUCUGAGAGUGAAAGAAAUGCUUCCAAUUGCUAGCCGCUAUUUUUUCGAAUAUAUUUCUUCAUAUACAACUCGGAAAUUCCACACGAAUGAAUACAAAAUUCACAUUGAUGUUCAACUUUUGUGUGGUUUACAUGGUCCGUUUGGAAGAUAUUAGACGGAAAAUGGGAUCUAUAUAAUUACUUUUUUAUUCAACUUCGAACAUCAGAGAAUGUGGUUUCUUCGAUUUUUGAAAAAUUGCGAAGAUUUUUUAUAAGUCGGAACAUAUGUACUUACCACAUCUUACUUGGACGGUAUUCAUAACUGGCUGACAGGUGAAAGGGUGAGUCCGUAAAUAGGACCAAUACUUUUUAUGACGAGUUUCCAUUUUUUGCUGUCCCUCAUAGCUAUCGAUACAAAUACUAAAAAUCGGAAACGAUUUUACUUGUUGGUUCAACAUGAUGCCGAUCAGUUUUAUUAUUCAAGAAAGUGUUUCCCAAAUAAAAAUACCCAUUAUUCUGCCAAGAUCUUAAAAGUCUGUAAAAAUUCUAUCGAUUCAAAUAAUGUCCGAUCUUAUUUUCUACGAAUAUUUUUUGAAAAAGACCAUUUAAAUCACAAAAAAGAUCCAAAUGAAUUCUGUAUUUCUUCAUAUGGAAUUGUCCAUACCUAUUUUACGAACGUCUAUUUAAAUAAAUGUAUAUGUGUAUAAACUUAUACUGUAGCAGUAGUUGUUGAUGUUGAUGUUGUGCAAAGCAUUUAAGCAAUAAAUCACCACACAGUGAUUCUCUAUCAAUAAACAUUUU